GAUCUUGCAUUCAAACCGGAUGGAACUCAGUUGAUAAUUGCUGCUGGAAAUAGACUGCUGGUGUAUGAUACUUCUGAUGGAACCUUAAUUCAGCCUUUGAAAGGACAUAAGGACACUGUAUACUGUGUGGCUUAUGCUAAAGAUGGCAAACGUUUCGCAUCUGGCUCGGCUGAUAAAAGCGUGAUAAUUUGGACUUCAAAGUUAGAAGGAAUUCUGAAAUACACGCAUAAUGACUCUAUACAGUGCCUUUCCUACAAUCCUCUUACUCAUCAGUUGGCAUCCUGCUCUUCCAGUGAUUUUGGCUUGUGGUCUCCCGAACAGAAGUCAGUCUCGAAACACAAAACUAGCAGUAAGAUUACUUGCUGUAGCUGGACAAAUGAUGGCCAGUACCUUGCUUUGGGGAUGUUCAACGGCAUUGUCAGCAUAAGGAAUAAAAAUGGAGAGGAGAAAGUUAAAAUUGAGCGUACAGGGGGUGCUUCAUCUCCAAUAUGGUCAAUUUGUUGGAAUCCGUCCAGAGAGGAACGCAAUGACAUUUUAGCUGUGGCAGACUGGGGUCAGAAACUUUCCUUUUACCAGCUUAGUGGCAAACAGAUUGGAAAGGACAGAAUGCUCAAUUUUGAUCCUUGCUGUGUUAGCUAUUUUAGUAAAGGAGAGUAUAUUUUACUGGGAGGUUCAGAUAAACAAGUUUCCCUCUUCACGAAGGAUGGCGUGCGUCUCGGUACCAUAGGAGAGCAAAGCAGUUGGGUGUGGACGUGCAAGGUUAAACCAGACUCCAACUAUGUGGUGAUAGGAUGUCAAGAUGGAACAAUAUCCUUCUAUCAGUUGAUUUUCAGCACUGUUCAUGGCCUCUAUAAAGAUCGCUAUGCGUACAGAGACAGCAUGACUGACGUUAUUGUCCAACACCUCAUCACUGAACAGAAAGUUAGAAUAAAAGGCAGAGAGCUUGUAAAGAAAAUUGCAAUCUACAAAAACAGAUUAGCAAUCCAGAUGCCAGAGAAAAUCUUGAUUUACGAGUUAUACUCGGAUGAUUCUUCAGAUAUGUAUUAUCGCGUGAAGGAAAAGAUAGUAAAAAAAUUUGAAUGCAACUUGCUGGUUGUAUGUUCAAAUCACAUUAUUUUAUGCCAGGAGAAGAGGUUACAGUGCCUUUCAUUUAGUGGCAUUAAAGAACGAGAAUGGCUGAUGGAAUCUCUUAUUCGGUAUAUUAAAGUAAUUGGAGGACCUCCAGGAAGAGAAGGCCUCUUAGUUGGUCUAAAGAAUGGUCAGAUACUGAAGAUAUUUGUCGAUAACGUCUUUGCAAUCGUCCUGUUGAAGCAUUCCACAGCUGUGCGCUGCCUGGAUAUGAGCGCAUCCCGGAACAAGCUGGCCGUGGUUGAUGAAAAUGAUACCUGCCUCGUGUAUGAUAUUCGUACCAAAGAGUUGUUGUUUCAGGAACCCAAUGCUAAUAGUGUGGCUUGGAAUACACAGUGUGAGGAUAUGCUUUGCUUUUCUGGAGGGGGUUAUCUCAAUAUCAAAGCUAGUAACUUCCCUGUCCAUCAGCAAAAACUUCAAGGCUUUGUUGUGGGUUACAGCGGCUCCAAGAUCUUCUGUCUUCAUGGUUUUUCCAUGUCAGCUGUUGAAGUUCCGCAGUCUGCACCCAUGUAUCAAUAUCUGGAACGAAAAAUGUUUAAAGAAGCCUAUCAAAUCGCGUGUUUAGGGGUAACUGAUACUGACUGGAAAGAACUGGCCAUGGAAGCUUUAGAAGGGCUGGAGAUUGAAACUGCUAAAAAGGCAUUUACCAGGGUACAAGACCUUAGAUAUCUAGAGUUGAUCAGCAACAUAGAGGAGCGGAAGAAGCACGGAGAGAACAACAACGAACUGUUCCUAGCAGAUAUUUAUGCCUACCAGGGAAAGUUCCAUGAGGCAGCGAAGUUGUACAAAAAGAGUGGACAUGACAACGUAGCGCUUGAUAUGUACUCUGACUUACGCAUGUUUGACUAUGCAAAGGAUUUUCUGGGAUCUGGAGACCCCAAAGGCACAAAGAUGCUCAUAAAAAAACAAGCAGAUUGGGCCGAGAAUAUCAGGGAACCAAAAGCAGCGGUGGAGAUGUACCUGUCUGCAGGCGAGCACAUGAAGGCCAUAGAAAUCAGCGGGGACCACGGCUGGGUUGAUAUGUUAAUUGAAAUUGCUCGAAAACUGGAUAAAGCUGAGCGCGAGCCUCUGUCAAAGUGUGCCUUCUAUUUUAAGAAACUUGAUAACCCUGGCUACGCAGCAGAAACCUACAUGAAGGUUGGUGACCUGAAAGCGCUGGUCCAUCUCCACGUGGAGACGCGUCACUGGGAGGAAGCAUUUGCUUUGAGUGAAAAGCAUCCUGAAUUCAAAGAUGAUGUCUAUGUCCCUUAUGCUCAUUGGCUAGCAGAGAAUGAUAGAUUUGAAGAAGCCCAGAAAGCAUUUCACAAGGCUGGCAGGCAGAGCGAAGCCAUGAGACUGCUGGAGCAGCUAACGCAAAAUGCUGUGGUUGAAAGCCGAUUUAACGAUGCAGGCUAUUAUUAUUGGAUGCUUUCCAUGCAGUGUUUAGAUAUAGCCCAAGAGAAUGAACAACAGAAGACUGACAUGUUACAGAAGUUUCAUCACUUCCAGCAUUUGGCAGAAGUUUACCAUGUCUAUCACUCUGUUCAAAGAUACACCGAGGAGCCUUUCAGUUUCCACUUGCCUGAAACCCUCUUCAAUAUUUCCAGGUUUCUGCUUCACAGCUUAACAAAGGAGACGCCUUUGGGGAUCUCAAAAGUCAAGACAUUUUUUACCCUGGCAAAACAGAGUCAAGCUCUUGGUGCGUAUAAACUGGCUCGACAUGCCUAUGACAAGUUACAGGGACUGCACAUCCCAGCUAGGUUCCAGAAAUCAAUUGAGCUGGGCAGCCUGACAAUCCGAUCCAAGCCAUUCCAUGACAGUGAAGAGCUUGUGCCCAUGUGUUACAGAUGCUCCACGAACAACCCUUUGCUGAAUAACUUGGGGAAUGUCUGCAUUAACUGCAGACAACCUUUCGUCUUCUCCGCUUCCUCCUACGAAGUACUUCAUCUGGUUGAGUUCUAUUUGGAAGAUGGCAUCACAGAUGAAGAAGCUGUAGCUCUCAUUGAUCUUGAAGCUCCAAGAAUGAAUGAGAAUAAAGGGCAAGAGAUUAUGAGUGACUAUGCACAGAGUUUGAGGCUUGAUGACAAUACAAACGUUACUGAAGACAAUGAUCCCUUUACAGCAAAACUGAGCUUUGAGCAAGGAGGCUCAGAAUUUGUUCCAGUGAUUGUGAAUCGUGCUGUUCUCCAGUCAAUGAGCCGGAGAGACGUCCUGAUUAAACGCUGGCCAGAGCCACUGCGGUGGCAGUACUACCGUUCCCUGCUACCAGAUGCCUCCGUUACCAUGUGUCCGUCAUGUUUUCAGAUGUUCCACACAGAGGACUACGAGCUUCUCGUACUGCAGCAUAAUGGCUGUCCGUUCUGUCGGCGGAGAGUAGGUGAGUCAAACCAAUGA